UAGUGGGGACGCGGGCUGCGCGGGACUCCGCAACCAGCCCAGUGGUUGCCGGGCAACGCAUGGUCGCAGCGAGUCAGUGUUCCCUGAGCAGCUGGGAGGCGCGGGGCGCUGUGGGGAGACAGAGCGUAGCCUCUCUGCCCGGCCUCUGACCAUGUCCUCUCUACGCACUGCCAGCCCCAGGCUGAGGAAAUACUUCAAGGAAAACUACAUUCCUCAGAUCUGCGAGGCACUGUUAUGUGGUCUACUUGUUACAUGUCCUGAGGAUCCACUGAGAUAUUUAGAGAGAAUGAUCAUGGCUAUCAUUGAAAAUGGUCUUGAAAGUCUUCAUUGGGAUAUGUGCAUUGAUCCAUUGAUGAAACAAAAUGUUCGAAUAUUAUCUGAAACUUGCCUGGAACAACUUUUUGGACUGGAUGAUCAGCUGACGACUCCAGAAUUGAUGAUAAAAGCAUGCACCUUUUAUACUGGACAUUUAGUAAAGACCUAUUUUGGGACUUGGAAAGAAAUAACAAUGCCUCAUAUAAAUGUAGAGGAUACCCUAGCUGAAAAGAUGGAAAAAGCAAUGAUUUAUUGUGAUUCUAAACUUAAAAAAUUUUUAUUUCAUCAAUGGUACUCUUAUACAAAAAAUCAAAAAGCAAAAUUUCAAGGUGCAAUAUUAUGGAUACAAAAGAUCUUCCAAGAUCACAGGCAAAGGAAUUUCAUUGCAAAAUGGCGGGCUAUUGUAAGAAUUAGAAAUAAAAUCAGAGAAGAGGAGUUGAUAUCAAAACAUGAAUCUGAGCUGAAAAACUGGAAAAAAAGGUUAAAAAUGAAAUCUUCUGAAGAAUUUGCUUCUCUUGAACCAAGUUUCUCUGAAGCUGUUUUCAAGAGUAAGUCUAUGGAAUUUGAUAUUUCACAGUUACCCGAAAAUGCAGUAUUACAGAUUUUCUCAUACCUUGGUUUAAGAGAUGUGAUAAUAUGUGGUCAAGUAAAUCACUCCUGGAUGGUGAUGAUACAGAUAACUAAAUUGUGGAAUGCUAUUAACUUUUCCACGGUGAAGAAUACAGUUACAGAUAAAUAUGUAGUGUCUACUUUGCAAAAGUGGCGUCUAAAUGUGCUGUGUUUGAAUUUUCGUGGUUGUCUUCUCCGACCCAAAACUUUGAAAUAUGUCAGCCACUGUAGAAACUUGCAAGAGUUGAAUGUCUCUGACUGUUCAACACUCACCGAUGAAGCAAUGAGACACAUUUCCGAAGGCUGUCAUGGGGUCCUGUAUCUUAAUCUAUCUAACACAAGUAUCACUAAUAAGACGAUGAGACUCCUGCCAAAACACUUCCACAACUUACAGAAUCUUAGUUUGGCUUAUUGCCGAAAGUUCACGGACAAAGGUUUACAGUACCUGAAUUUAGGGAAUGGAUGCCACAAGCUCAUCUAUCUGGACCUUUCCGGCUGCACCCAGAUUUCAGUCCAAGGCUUCAGGAACAUUGCAAACAGCUGCUCUAAAGUUAUGCAUCUGACCAUCAAUGAUAUGCCAACUCUGACGGACAACUGUGUGAAAGCUUUAGUUGAGAAGUGCCAAAGUAUUACAUCAGUGGUUUUCAUUGGUUCACCACAUAUCUCUGACUGUGCUUUCAAAGCUCUUUCUACUUGUGACCUCAGAAAGAUCCGAUUUGAAGGAAAUAAAAGGAUUACCGAUGCAUGUUUCAAAUUUAUAGACAAGAAUUAUCCAAAUAUCAAUCACAUUUACAUGGUGGACUGUAAGGGACUAACUGAUGGCAGCCUCAAGUCGCUUUCGCCUUUGAAGCAACUGACUGUGUUGAAUUUAGCAAACUGUGUAAGGAUCGGUGAUGUGGGACUAAGGCAAUUUCUUGAUGGCCCUUCAAGCAUAAGGAUAAGAGAGCUCAAUUUAAGUAACUGUAUGCAACUGGGUGAUGCCUCUAUUGUGAAACUAUCAGAGCGCUGCCGUAAUUUAAACUACUUGAGUUUACGAAAUUGUGAACAGUUGACUGACCAAGGAAUUGAAUACAUUGUAAACAUCUUUUCCUUGGUAUCUUUAGAUCUUUCUGGAACAGUCAUCUCUAAUGAGGGUUUGAUAAUGCUUUCCAGACAUAAGAAACUUAAGGAACUUUCUUUAUCUGAGUGUUAUAAAAUCACGGAUCUUGGAAUUCAGGCAUUCUGCAAAAACUCUGUGCUCUUGGAACACUUGGAUGUCUCUUAUUGUCUCCAGCUGUCAGAUGAUAUUAUUAAGACAAUAGCCAUUUACUGUGUUUGCCUCACAUCUCUCAGCAUUGCUGGCUGUCCACAGAUUACUGACUUGGCAAUAGAGAUGUUAUCAGCAAAAUGCCGUUACCUGCAUAUUUUGGAUAUCUCUGGUUGUAUCCGACUUACUGACCAAAUCCUUGAGGACCUUAAGGUAGGCUGCAAACAACUCCGGAUCCUUAAGAUGCAAUACUGCAGACACAUUUCCAUGGAGGCAGCUCACAAAAUGUCAUCUGUAGUCCAGCAUCAGGAAUACAGCUGCAGUGAUCCUCCAAGUUGGUUUGGCUAUGACGGUGGUGGCAAUCCUCUUAAUGUUCAAUAUACAAAACCAUUUAAAGGUGUCCCAGAGGUGACAGUGAAAGACUCAGAGUACAGUAGUACUGAAGAGGAAGUAUGACCUUCAGCCUCAAGCAGGAAAAACCAAAAAAAAAAAAAAAAAAAAAAAAAACCAAACCAAAAUUUAGAACCUAGCAACCUUUCUUCACUUGAUGAAAGUAUCUUUUCUAGGUGGAUCUCAGUAACAAUGUAAACAAGCAGCAAGUCAUCUUCUGAUUCUUAUCCCACCUACAAAUGUUUCUAAAUAUAUUGGUUUUUCUGUCUAAAUAAUCAUGAUCCCUAAAUUUAAUUUAAUCAAACCAAUAAUUUUGACAUUAUCAAGUUUAAGGUUCUAUUAUAGGAAACAACCCUGAGAGAUGUAAAUUUUUUGAAAAGAAUUUUUAAAUUUGUCUCUAGAUAAGCAAGGAUGGCCAUAUAAGUCAAAAUAAAAAUUUGAGCCAGGACAAUGACUUUAAGGAUCUGUGAAGCUUUAUUAUAAAAGAUAGACAUCCAUUUUCAAAGGAAAAGGGGCUCCUUUUUUUGGAUUUCCAGGUAUUUUACAACAAAACAGAACUAAAUACAAAUUAGCUCUGGAUUCAUUUAAACACUUUAAUAGGGGAAAUUAAAUAGAAGCAAAAAUUGUCUAUGAACAGAAAAGUUAUAAUUCCUAUAAUGUCUCAGAAACAUCUUUUUAAUCAAGUUUGCACUAUGGAGGAAUUUUAAAACCAAACUGUGUCAAAAAAGAUGUUCCCUCAAUUUUUGCUAGGAGGUAUGGGCUGUUAAUUGCAUCCACUGAUAUUGACAGAGUCCAGGAGAAAGCACAGCUCUGUUCUGACUGCUACAUACA